AUGGCCAAAGAAAUCACCAAAGACGAGUACACCGUGUGCGACCAAUGCCGGGUCAGGAAGAUCCGCUGCAGUCGAGAAAAGCCAUCAUGCAGAAACUGUGGCCGGCUGGGCUUGCAGUGCGAGUGGUCUGGUCAGGGCAAAAAGUGCAAUCAAACCACUCUUCUGAGCCAUACGAUCCUGGGGAUGGGCAGCCGCCUUCAACAGCUAGAGACUUCACUUGCCGACACCCAGCGAUCACUGAAGAGGUUGUUCGAGGGCUCAGCCGUGGUCUCGCCUCCUUCCUCGAGAUACCCGUCCAGUCCCUCGAGACCGACGCCUCAAUUGACCCCUCCACGGUUUCCCGAUGGAUCGAAAGCGCCGGUCUUCACACGGCCACUGGGUCGUUUUCUCUUGGACCACGGCAAUGAUCAAAGAUACUUUGGCCCGACCUCGCUGGAAGCGCUGAUGCUCACGAUCAAGGACGAGCUGUCGGACAGUACGGAGACUGAACGAGAGAGCACACGAGAAUGCGUGCUCCAAGCACAACACAAGAUCAAUAUCCUGGUUAGCCAGGCCGACGAAUCCAAGACUUGUCUCGCCGACAGAUCGCUACCGACGACGCCUCCGUUCGCCAUCUUGGAUGCCAUGAUCGAGCCCUAUUUCACCACUACCAAUCACCAUUUCCCCAUCUGGACAAAAGAAAAGGUUCAAGCAGAUGGCCACUAG